AUGGAGCGCGGGCCGGGCCGGCCCAGCCUGCAGCUCGUCCAGCAGGCUGUGCAGGCGCUCUACCACGAUCCCGACCCCAGCGGCAAGGAGCGGGCGAGCUGCUGGCUGGGCGAGCUGCAGCGCUCGGUGAGAGCCGCGGGCGGCGAGUACCGGGCCCGUGCUCGCGGGGAGGCCUCGGGCCCCAUCCGGGCUCCCGUUCCCUCCCAGCUCGCUUUGGCAAUAGCUGACCUCGCCCUGCAGAUGGCUUCGUGGAAGGGCUGUGUGCAGACCCUGGUGGAGAAGUACAGCAAUGACGUGACAUCACUGCCCUUCCUGCUGGAGAUCCUGACGGUGCUGCCCGAGGAGGUGCACAGCCGCUCGCUGCGCAUCGGCGCCAACCGCCGCACCGAGAUCAUCGAGGACCUGGCCUACUACUCCAGCACCGUGGUGUCCCUGCUGGUGACGUGUGUGGAGAAGGCAGGCAACGAGGAGAAGAUGCUCAUCAAAAUCUUCCGGUGCCUGGGCAGCUGGUUCAACCUGGGUGUCCUGGACAGCACCUUCAUGGCCAACAGCAAGCUGCUGUCCCUCCUCUUCGAGGUGCUGCAACAGGACAAGACCUCAUCCAACCUGCACGAGGCUGCGUCGGACUGCGUGUGCUCAGCCCUCUACGCCAUCGAGAACGUGGAGACCAACCUGCCCCUGGCCCUGCAGCUCUUCCAGGGCGUGCUCACCCUCGAGAGUGCCUAUCACAUGGCUGUGGCACGGGAGGACCUGGACAAGGUGCUCAACUACUGCCGUGUGUUCACCGAGCUGUGCGAGACCUUCCUGGACAAGAUCGUGUGCACGCCAGGCCAGGGCCUGGGCGACCUGCGCACGCUGGAGCUGCUGCUCAUCUGUGCGGGGCACCCGCAGUACGAGGUGGUAGAAAUUUCCUUCAACUUCUGGUAUAGACUGGGGGAGCACCUGUACAAGACAGAUGAUGCUGUGAUCCACAGCAUCUUCAAAGCCUACAUCCAGCGCCUGCUGCACGCGCUGGCACGGCACUGCCAGCUGGACUCUGACCACGAGGGCGUCCCGGAGGAGACCGACGACUUCGGGGAGUUCCGGAUGCGCGUCUCGGACCUGGUGAAAGACCUGAUCUUCCUGGUGGGCUCCGUGGAGUGCUUUGCUCAGCUCUAUGCAACGCUCAAGGACGGGAACCCGCCCUGGGAGGUGACAGAGGCCGUGCUCUUCAUCAUGGCCUCCAUUGCCAAGAGCGUCGACCAGGAGAACAACCCGACGCUGGUGGAGGUGCUGGAGGGCGUGGUGCGGCUGCCCGAGUCGGUGCACACGGCCGUGCGCUACACCAGCAUCGAGCUGGUGGGCGAGAUGAGCGAGGUGGUGGACAGGAACCCGCAGUUCCUGGAUCCCGUGCUGGGCUACCUGAUGAAGGGGCUGUGUGACCGGCGCCUGGCGUCGGCCGCGGCCAAGGCCAUCCACAACAUCUGCUCCGUGUGCCGCGACCACAUGGCCCAGCACUUCUCGGGGCUGCUGGAGAUCGCCCGUGCCCUCGACUCCUUCGCUCUGUCCCCCGAGGCUGCCGUGGGGCUGCUCAAGGGGACAGCGCUGGUGCUGGCCCGGCUGCCCCUGGAGAAGAUCUCGGAGUGCCUGAGCGAGCUCUGCGCCGUGCAGGUGCUGGCGCUCAAGAAGCUGCUGUCCCAGGAGCCAAGCAAUGGCCUCUCCUCAGACCCUACAGUGCCCCUGGAUCGACUCGCCGUCAUCUUCAGACACACCAACCCCAUUGUCGAGAACGGCCAGGUCCACCCGUGCCAAAAAGUCAUUCAGGAGAUCUGGCCGGUGCUGUCGGAGACCCUGAACAAGCACAGUGCCGACAACCGCAUCGUGGAGCGCUGCUGCCGCUGCCUGCGCUUCGCCGUGCGCUGCGUGGGCAAGGGCUCGGCUGCACUGCUGCAGCCCCUCGUCACCCAGAUGGUGAAUGUGUACCGAGAACACCAGCACUCCUGUUUCCUCUACCUGGGCAGCAUCCUGGUGGAUGAGUAUGGCAUGGAGGAGGGCUGCAGGCAGGGCCUGCUCGACAUGCUGCAGGCUCUCUGUAUCCCCACCUUCCAGCUCCUCGAGCAGCCCAACGGCCUCCAGAACCACCCAGACACCGUGGAUGACCUGUUCCGCCUGGCAGCCAGGUUCAUCCAGCGCAGCCCCGUCACCCUCCUGCGCAGCCAGGUGAUGAUUCCCAUCCUGCAGUGGGCCAUUGCUGCCACCACCCUGGACCACCGGGACGCCAACUGCAGUGUCAUGAAAUUCCUGCGGGAUCUGAUCCACACCGGCGUGGCCAACGACCACGAGGAGGACUUCGAAGUGCGGAAGGAGCUCAUCAACCAGGUGAUGACCCAGCUGGGGCAGCAGCUCGUGAACCAGCUCCUGCAGACGUGCUGCUUCUGCCUGCCGCCCUACACCCUGCCCGACGUCGCCGAGGUGCUCUGGGAGAUCAUGCAGAUCGACCGCCCGACGUUCUGCCGCUGGCUGGAGAACUCCCUGAAGGGGUUGCCAAAGGAAACCACGGGCGGAGCCAUCCAGGUGACACACAAACAGCUCACCGACUUCCACAAGCAGGUCACCAGUGCUGAGGAAUGUAAACAAGUCUGCUGGGCUCUGAGGGACUUCACCCGCCUGUUCCGAUAGCUCCGGCUCCACGUGGCUCCUGUCUCCCAGGAAUGUCUUUACGGAGAAGACAGGAAACAGCAACCCAAGAAUGUGUCCCACAAUCAGCCGAGGGCUCCAGCGCGCCCCAGAGCCGCGGGAGGACGGCGGGG